AACACAAAGUGCAUUACCAUAACAGUGAACCAUUCCGUAGAAGGUGGGCUGAUUGAUUCAAUUUCUGUGCUCGAAAUUUGCAAAAGAAUCUAAACUUUGAAGCCUUCAACAACCCCUAGAGAUAAUUUUACGUACAAAUACGUGUAGAAAGGCGUCCCGGCUGAUUGAAUCACAUUUCCGAGUAGCAGGAUAUCUAUUUUCAAAUGAAAUAGAAAGCGAGAUGAGCCCAACGAAGUGAAGCACAUUUUCUAUUUCCUAGAAAGAAGUUAACGAACAGAAGCAGCUUAAAAUUUUCCUUGAAGGAAAAAAUAUGCGUGUGAAAGAUAUUCUCCCGUACGAUUGGAAUAUCAGCAGCACCCUCCACAGUCGAUGUCACCCAACGGAAGCAAACGAAUGGCAGUUAAUUAAUGGUUGAUUCAGACUAAUUAAAAAUUCUACCUCGCUGAAGAGGAAGUUUCUGCAAUAGAUGAAAAAACUAGGAAAAAGGUGCUGCGAAAAGUGGAAAACGUUGUGUGCUUAAAUGUUUGAUGAGGAAUGAUAAUUUUAAUUAAAAUUAAACUUGUGAUCAACAUAAACUGAUAACGAAGGUAUAAAUAUAUCGAGGAAAACCCGUGUUACUGUUGGGUUAGGAGUUCAAAAAAAGGGAGAGCAACCUGCGCGAACAAAGAGGGAUGGAUUUACCGAGGAAAAAGAGCAUGUCUGUGAUUACGUUCGGAAAAUUGUGCUUUCUAAUUAAUAUUCUGACAGCCUGUGCUGCGGUCGCCCAGGCAGAGGAAAAUGAAACCAGCGCUGUGAUGACUAAGUUGUGCAAUUUUAAUAAUACGCUAAUAGAUCCAACCGAUGAAGCUGACGGCAAGUACUGCGAUUGUGAUGUGGAAAAUUCGCCACCAUGGGGAAUCCCAGUGGUAGUUAUUAACUGCCAGGAUCUGCACCUACAAAAUAGCAUUUUCCAGGGCGAAAUUUUACCACAAAGCACCAUCCGGUUGGAGCUGUCCUACAAUAAGUUUUCAUCGAUUCCAUACUUCUCCGGUGACAAAUUGAAAUAUCUUAGUCUGCGCAACAACAAGAUAACAGCGGUGGCCGAUAAGAACUUUGUCAACAUUUCCAGUCUGGUGGAGCUGGAUUUGAGCGAAAACGAAAUCGAGCUUAUCAACAGCGAUGCAUUUGUGGGACUGAAAAUACUUCGCUACUUGAACUUGGCAGAAAAUGAAAUCAAAGUGAUUCAACCCAACGCGUUUUCCCCAUUCACUCAUUUGGAACACCUCGUGCUGUCACAUAAUCCUUUGGGGGAUUUAUUCAAAACCUCAGAUAACGACAUUUUUCUAAAACUUGGAGUAACUCCCAGACUUAACAUUAUCGAGCUAGAAAACUGUAGCCUUAUUCAGAUAGAUCUCUCUCAUGGAGUUGGCUUAGAUCACAUAGUGCUGAGCUCCAACCAGCUGACGCAAGUUCAAAAGCUUCCAAGGGCUCUUUCUCACCUUGACAUCAGUAACAAUCCAAUUCGUUUGAUGUCAGCAAAGUUUCUCCCUCAUUUAUCAAACCUACAAAGCUUAACCAUGGAGGAUAUGCCAGUUCUGUACAAAUUGGAUGAAUAUGCGCUUUUUGGACUUCCACGACUAAUCUAUCUCAAUCUCCAAGGAUCGCGGAAUCUUACCACUAUCGACGCACAUGUCUUUGGCAAAAAUGUCAUACUAAAUGAAACCGACACCGUACUGGAAGAACUGAUCCUCAAGGGAACGCACAUUCGGACGCUGAACUCAUCGCUGAAAUUCGCAUUCGAACAACUGAAAACCUUAGACCUCACAGGAACUCCUUUGAACUGUGACUGUCAAAUACGAUGGCUGAAGGAAGCGAAUUUUACCACUCAUGCUACGUGUGCCAAGCCAGCGUCCCUAAGGGGUACCGAGCUGUCCGAAGUCGACAUGAACAAGUUACAAUGCAAGGUGGAGAAGUCGUGGAUCUACACCGUGUUCAACGUCCUGCUUGUAAUUCUUUUGGUAGUGCUGGUCGUUGCAGCCGUUUAUCUGGUGUAUCUUGCCAUUAGACCUCGGCAGCCAGUUCAGAUGCGAAAAGUGGGAGCCAACAGCCCUUAUGCGAGAGUGACGAUUGAACCAAAUCAAGCGGAGAAUUUGUAGACGAUAGAAUUAGUUUGUAAGCACCUAGCGGUAAGGAACAUUAAAAAGAAAUAUAAGGUUUAAACAAAAUGUU